ACAUGGACACCAAAAUGAAUAAAGCAAAUAGCAGCACCGUCUCCCGCCUCAUAAUUUGCCGUCGAGAGCGAAGGAGCGAGCGGUGGACGGCCUGUCUCUGCCUCCGUCUCCAUCUCCAAACAAACCCACCCCAGUUUCAUUUUUUCUAGUCGAUCAAUCCCUAAUUCAAGAAAUUUCUUUCUCAAAAUUCAAUUUUGUGAUCAUCAUUAAUUAACAGAGAAGAGAAUUGAAACGAAUUUUGAGAGAGAGAUCUGCAAUGGAAGUGACCACUUCUUCUUCUUCUUCAUGGGACGCUUUACGCAAACAGGCAAGGAAACUUGAAGCUCAGUUGGAUGAGCAGAUGAGCUCAUUUCGUAAACUAGCAUCCUCGAAGGGUUCUACAAAAGUUGAUUUUCCAGAGAAUGAUCUUGAAUCUGGGAUAGACAGGCUAUUAAAACAGCUCCAACAAGUAAAUUCACAGAUGCAAGCUUGGGUAUCAUCUGGAGGAUCAGAAAUGGUUUCUCACACCUUGACUCGGCAUCAGGAAAUUCUUCAAGAUCUUACUCAGGAGUUUCAUCGUCUCCGUUCUAGCAUGAGAGCUAAGCAAGAACAUGCUCUUCUUCUGGAAGACUUUAGGGAGUUUGAUCGAACAAGAUUAGAUUUGGAAGAUGGAGUUGGUUCUGCAGACCAAGCCCUUCUUAGAGAACACGCAUCUAUUAGCCGAAAUACCGGGCAGAUGGAUAAUGUGAUUUCACAAGCUCAAUCUACUCUUGGUGCACUAGUUCUUCAACGUUCAACUUUUGGAGGAAUCAAUUCAAAGCUGAGUAAUGUUAGCAGCCGCCUCCCAACGGUAAAUCAAAUUCUGUCAGCAAUAAAGAGGAAAAAAUCCAUGGAUGCCAUCAUACUUUCCCUGGUUGCAUCCGUAUGCACUUUUCUUAUUUUUAUUUACUGGUUGACCAAGUAAGAAUUUCAUUGUGCCCGCUCUUGGAGGUUGCUUGUGGUGAGACAACCCUAUCUUUUAUUUUAUUUUUUUGCUCUAUAAUUGAAUCGAGGGUUGUAUUUUUUGUCCAAGUUUAUAGUGACAUCCCUAGUGGUUAAUGCUUUGUAUUGCCACGCCUGUAGCAUUUAUGAUAUGCCAUGUAAAGGUCGAUACGAUAGACAAAAAUGAUGUGUGUGAUCUGAAACUGAGAAAUUGUGCAAGCCAAUUACUUUUAUAGACCUUGGAUCAACCAGGGUUACCAUAUAAGCUGUGGUUCAUUUUGUCUGUCAUUCAUGAAGAUGAUAGUUGAACCUACUCCGUGCCAUCGUUUGAUUCUGCGUUUGGGUAUCCAGAUCAGAAAAGAAAAGGAACUGAUGGUCUGAUAUUGUCCCGAGCAAAGCAGAAAUGGUGCGUGCAAUAUAUUUGUUGUGCAUUGUGUUUGUGGAUGGAUCAGUUGGUUUUGUGCUUUUUUAUUUACUGCAAGAGAAAAUCAUUGUAAGAAUAUAAUUAUGAUUUCUAUAUCUAAAAUUCAAUAAAUCAUGGUUUUUGCAA